CCAAUGACGACGGCGGUGCGGCGCAUGAAGCUGGGCUCGCAGGGGCUGGAGGUCUCGGCGCAGGGCCUGGGCUGCAUGGGCAUGUCCGGCCGCUACGGCGACCUAAAGCCGGAGGCCGACAUGGUGGCGCUCAUCCGCCACGCGGUCGACGCCGGCGUCACGCUCCUCGACACCUCCGACGUCUACGGCCCGCACACCAACGAGCUACUCCUCGGCAAGGCGCUGCAAGGGGGAACACGCGGGAAGGUGCAGCUCGCCACCAAGUUUGGCAUCACGGGCACCUUCCAGGACGUGCGGGGCGACCCGGCGUACGUCCGCGAGGCCUGCGAGGGCAGCCUCGCCCGCCUCGCCGUCGACUGCAUCGACCUCUACUACCAGCACCGCAUCGACACCGCCGUGCCAAUCGAGGCCACGAUGGGUGAGCUGAAGAAGCUAGUCCAAGAAGGGAAGAUAAAGUACAUCGGCCUAUCUGAAGCAUCGGCGUCGACCAUCAGGAGGGCACACGCGGUUCACCCCAUUACCGCUGUCCAGCUUGAGUGGUCUCUGUGGUCAAGAGACGUCGAGAAAGAUGUCAUCCCGACCUGCCGAGAGCUUGGCAUCGGAAUUGUGGCAUACAGUCCAUUGGGCAGAGGGUUCUUGUCCAAAGGGCCUAAACUGGUCGAGACACUUCCUGAAGGAGAUUUCCGCAAGAGUUUACCCCGAUUCCAACCUGAGAAUAUGGAGAAGAAUGCCGCCAUAUUUGAGCGCGUAAGCGCCAUGGCUGCCACGAAAGGAUGCACGGCGUCGCAGCUCGCGCUGGCCUGGGUGCACCACCAGGGGAGCGACGUCUGCCCCAUUCCCGGCACCACCAGAGUAGAGAACUUCAGCCAGAACGUGGCUGCGCUGUCAGUGAAGCUCACACCCGAGGAGAUGGCUGAGCUCGAGUCUUUCGCCUCCGUGGACGCCGUCCAGGGUGACCGGUACCACGGCAACUAUCUCAAGACCUGGAAGGACUCCGAGACCCCGCCCAUGUCAUCAUGGAAAGCUACUUAAGUGUUCCAAAUACAUAGCUGGAAAUAAUUGAUGCAAAAUCUUUACAUGUUUUCACUUGUAGCAGAAGUCCCCCAAUCACUUUUUAAG